CUCACACACUAGUCCUGCAACAUUAGUGAGUGGCUGACUGCAUGCGAGUGUGUGGGACAGACUCUAUACCCUCCCACGGCCGCUCUGCGCCAACAAGAAGGAGUUUAUUCAACGUCCCGCUGCUGAUUUCUAUUUGUUUGUCACUAACUUCGUAUCUACUCACGUCUUAGGAAUGCCAUGGCUACUCAGAAUAACCAGGAUUACUUCAGGUCGGUCAGCAGCGAGUCCACCACAUACAUGAUGGUUCCGGCGAACAGCCGUGGUCGAGACUCGCCGUCAAAGUUAUGGAUCGCAAUGGUCGUGAUCGUGGUGGUCGUGCUGCAAAUAGCCUCGACCACCGGACUCUUUGUCUACUUAAACAUGUCUUUAACGCAGGUUAAGAGUCAGGGGGUUACAGAAGAGCUGCGGUGCCUUGGCUUGCUUAACGCCCUGGAUAAAGACCGGGACAUUCCCGAAGACCUGGCCCAACUGUUUGGAGAGCCUUGCAUCAAAUUAGCUGAGGGUAUCAAGGCCUAUAUUUCCAAGGUUACAGACAGCAUCAUCUCCAAACAGGCUUUACAUGAAGCAAGAGCCAUGCCCCAUUCAUAUAAUACAUCAGGGUCAAAGUUCAUGACCACAGUGACACAGAGGCCAUCAGCCCACCUGACCCUCAGCAGCCUACCAGCUGGUGCUCAGUACUCCACCCCUCAAGCAGACCUGCACCAGUCCUGCCGCCAUCCUGUACGUUCCUGGGCCAACCAGAGCUUCGGCGCUCAUCUACACAACAUGACACUGGCCAACGGGCGCCUUCGCGUACCCCAGGAUGGCCGCUACUACCUGUACUCCCAAGUGUACUUCCGCUACCCCUCUCCCAGCGAGGGGGAUCAAAACAGCGUGAGCCACCAGCUGGUCCAGUGCAUCUAUAAGAAAACCUCCUACCUGAGGCCGAUUCAGCUUCUGAAAGGAGUGGGGACCAAAUGUUGGGCUCCAGACGCAGAAUACGCCCUUCACUCAGUGUACCAGGGCGGCCUGUUUGAGUUGCGAGCGGGAGACGAGGUCUUCGUGUCAGUCUCGUCUCCUACGAUGGUGUACGGCGAGGACUCUUCUAGCUAUUUCGGAGCUUUCCGUCUGGAUCUGUAAGAGCACGUCAGAGGAACUGGAUCGGGACUACAUUACCCACCGGGUGGAGCGUUUUGGAGCUGCGACCCAAAGAGAAAAGACUCAUUUUAAUCGUUCAAAUUUCCUUUCUUUAAGACUUUGAAUAUGUGAAGGAUGCAUGAAUGAGAGACAUUUCGGACAAGGUUAUUUCUUUUAUAGACAGAGGAAUGUAUGUAUAUUUCUACAAAUCACAUCAAAGAUGUGAAUCUUUGAAACGGUAGCAAAACAAUGAACAGGAGAGACAAAAACUCACACAAAGUGAAUCUGUGCCAACGGUGUGUAAACGGUUUGAUGUGUGAACUCCACUCGCUCUCGUCCGCUGGAGGGGAAUAUUUUUGUGUACGGCGGAUCUAAAACAUUUUUAAAAACAGAGAUAUGAGAAGAGAAUGAUGACAGCGGGAAUGUGGAGGAAAGAAAGAUGAGAAGGGGAAGUAUGUAGCUCUACCAGCCUCAAAGGAGCAUCCUGGCAGGUUGCAGUAGUGUGGAAUUCUCCCCGUCCUGUCGGACCAGCGGAGCAGCAUGCCCGGACAAGAAAAGGACCUAAAAAAAGUUCACACGCACACAUACACAGAGGAAUUCAGCUUGUUGUAUAGACUGCAUUUGAAAACACUCAUACUCCUCUGAGUAUUUAUGGCUUCCAAACAUGCAAAACACAGCGAUAAGAUAAAUACACAUUCGUUCAGUCUCAGACACAAAUCACUUUUACAGGUCUCCCUCUGCUGUCUGGUCCGGGGUGCAGGAGGAAGUACUGUCAGGGAAAGACACGUGCUCCCCAGCUCACGUGGUCCCGGCCACACGAAAGGUUAAAUAAACACUACGAUACACGGUU